CCUCCCUUCACCCUCUCGGACCCUUCACUUAGAGGACUCACACGGCAGGUCACGCAGUCAGUCCUUCCCCGGCGCCCGCUCAGUGCACAACCUACCCUCCCUCUGCCAAGAUGAAGGUUCUGUUCAGCCUCCUCGCGUGUGCCGCCCUCGCGGCGGGCCAGUCCUGUCCUCCUGAAGGGGUGCAGUACUUCCCCGACUCCAGCCAGUGUGACAGAUAUACAGAGUGUCGCGAGGGAGUAGCCACCGAUCAGCUCUGCCCCGACGGCCUCCUCUUCAACGACAAGAUCACCGACGGACGCUACCCUUGCUUCUACGAGCCCGAGGUUGAUUGUGGCUCCAGGACUCAGAGGCAGCCCGCGCAGCCCACCGAGUUCUGCGCUCACCAGUGGGGCUACUUCGGCUCCGGGGAUAGCGCCCAGUGCGGCUACUUCUACAACUGCGUCAACGGCUUCCCCUUCCGCGUGGACUGUCCCGCAGGCCUCGCCUUCUCCUCGGCCACCUACCGCUGCGAGUGGCCUGAUGAGUCCCCUGACUGUGACGCCGCCGCUUUCCUGGGCUUCUCGUGUCCUGCCGAUGUCGGAUCCAACCAGCUGCUGCUCCUCGGGUUCCAACAGUUCAGGUCGCCGAGGGACUGCCGUGAGUUCUUCAUCUGCGUGGGCACCUCCCCGAGGGUGCAGUACUGCCAGCUGGGUCUUGUGUUCGACGAAGUGAACAAGACGUGUGUGGAGCCCGAGCUCGUGCAGGGAUGCCAGGACUACUACACCCCGGAGGAGCUGGCGCUGUACAGGGAGCAGCGGGAGAAGGCGCGCGUCGCCGCCGAGAGGAGGCAGGCCGAGCUCCAGGCCCUGAGGGAGAAGCUGGCGGAGCGCAGGAGGCAGCAACAGAGCCUUUAAGUCUGUUGCAGCUUUUUUCUGAGAGGCACCCUCGCCCCCCCACCCCCCCUGCACAUACACACACCAACGCCGAACUCACUCGUCUUGAUAAGAAACACCAGCCACCACCGCGUCACACUUCACCAAUGGCUCCAAUAGCUAACAACUGAGUCCAGUUAUUGAAUGACAUGUUUGAGUGUGUAAUAAAAUCACCCUUCAGACGAGUAGCACCCAAGAAUAACUGACCCCCUACACAAGGAUUACAACCUCAAGAAUAAAUCUUAUAAGUCACUUUUAAACACGUAUAUAGGGUGCACAUAGUGAAAUUUUUUCUGUACUUAUCCUACACAACGGAGUGCUGACAUGCCUCUGCAGCCUUCAAACGAUGACCUGGUCCUGAGGCCUGUCUGAGGCCGUUAAAAGGAAUGAUAGAAAACUGUAAUAAAAUGAAUGGAAUACAUUUCACUGAAUUAUGAGAAUACAAAACAACACAGUACUACUGGGGACCAGCACGAAACCCAGCACAGUAUUAUUAGGCAUAACAUGACACGUGACAUUAGCUACAGGUAACCAUCUUGAAGGAACGCUUUCUCCACGCCAAGACAACUACUCUGAAGUAGCUAUAUACUCUGUGUUUUGUCCCCAUUAUUCUGUCAGCUUUUUGUUCUGUCCCUUCAUGGCAAUAAACAAUUGUAUCAUGAAUUUUA